AUGUCCACGGAAGAACUAGGCGGCAACACCGUUGAUGCGGCCACAAACCACAAGGUCCGCGAUUUUGUCAAGGACAACGGCGGCCACACAGUGAUCACUCGUGUUCUCAUUGCCAACAACGGCAUUGCGGCAGUCAAGGAGAUUCGCAGCGUGCGGCAAUGGGCGUACGCGACAUUCGGUGACGAGCGCGCCAUCGAGUUUGUCGUUAUGGCCACGCCCGAAGACCUCAAGGUCAACGCCGAGUACAUUCGCAUGGCGGACCAGUAUGUCGAGGUUCCUGGCGGCACUAACAACAACAAUUAUGCCAAUGUUGAGCUCAUUGUUGAUGUUGCCGAGCGGACAGGCGCACACGUAAGUUUUGUUAAUGCAGUUGCUUGGAUAUGGAAGGCUGGAUGGGGACACGCUUCGGAAAAUCCGCUGCUGCCCGAGUCGCUGAGGGACAGCAAGAGCAAGAUCGUAUUCAUCGGUCCUCCGGGCUCUGCGAUGCGCAGCUUGGGCGACAAGAUCUCGUCGACUAUCGUUGCACAGCACGCAAAGGUGCCUACAAUGCCAUGGAGCGGAGACGGCAUCACAGACACGCUUCUCAACGAUCAGGGCCACCUGGAGGUUCCCGACAAGGCGUACCAUGAGGCGACGACGCACAACAUGGAAGAAGGCCUGAAACAGGCCCAGCGCAUUGGCUUCCCCGUGAUGGUCAAGGCCAGCGAGGGCGGUGGCGGCAAGGGUAUCCGCAUGGUGUCCAAAGAAGAGGACUUUUCCUCUUCCUUCCAGCAGGUGCUUGCUGAGGUGCCGGGCUCGCCCGUGUUCAUCAUGAAGCUUGCUGGUGAGUCGCGUCAUUUGGAGGUGCAGGUCCUGGCAGAUCAGUACGGAAAUGCGAUUUCCCUGUUUGGCCGCGACUGCUCCGUGCAGCGCCGCCACCAGAAGAUCAUUGAGGAAGCGCCUGUCAGCAUUGCCGGGUACGACACGUUCGAGCAGAUGGAGAAGGCGGCGGUGCGCCUGGCCAAGCUCGUCGGCUAUGUCAGCGCAGGUACAGUCGAGUACCUGUACACGCCGGCCGACGACCAGUUCUACUUCUUGGAGCUGAACCCGCGUCUGCAGGUUGAGCACCCGACCACUGAGAUGGUUUCGGGAGUCAAUCUGCCGGCCGCGCAGCUGCUCGUGGCUAUGGGCAUCCCACUGCACCGCAUUCGCGAUAUUCGCCUGCUGUACGGCAUGGAUCCGAACAGCGAGUCGGCGAUCGACUUUGAGUUCGAGUCGCCGCAGGCCAUCGAGGUGCAGCGCAAGCCGCAGCCUAAGGGCCACGUCAUUGCCGUGCGCAUCACGGCGGAGAACCCUGAGGCUGGGUUCAAGCCGAGCAGUGGUGUUGUGCAGUCGCUCAACUUCCGCAGCAGCACGAGUGUCUGGGGCUACUUCUCGGUUUCGGCAAACGGCGGUCUGCACGAGUUUGCGGACUCGCAGUUCGGCCACAUCUUUGCAUACGGCGCGAACCGCGAGCAGGCGCGGCAGUCCAUGGUUGUUGCGCUGAAGGAGAUCUCGAUCCGCGGUGACUUCCGCACGACGGUCGAGUACUUAGUGCGCCUCCUGGAGAUGCCCGACUUCAAGUCGAACACGUUUACAACGGCGUGGCUCGAUCGCCUGAUAUCGACGCACCUGACGGCGGACCGCCCGGACCCCGAGCUGGCAGUCAUUUGCGGUGCCGCCUGCAUGGCGCAGAACGCGAGCGCGCGGCUGCUGAGUGAGUUCAAGACGGCGAUGGAUCGCGGCCAGGCGCCGACCAAGGAGUUGCUCAAGACCACGUUCCUCGUUGAGUUCAUAUAUGAGGGCGUGCGCUACCGCUUUAUUGCCAACCGCACGGGCCCCACCGGCUGGAUCCUGUACCUCAAUGGGUCCAAGGUGGCUGUGGGCGUCCGGCCGCUGAGCGACGGCGGCCUGCUGGUGCUCCUGGACGGCAAGAGCCACGCAUGCUACACGAGCGCUGAGGUCGGCGCCACGCGCCUGCUGGUGGACGAGCGCACGUGCCUGCUGGAGGAGGAGGUCGACCCGACACAGCUGCGGUCACCGUCGCCCGGAAAGCUCGUGCGCUUCCUCGUUGACUCUGGCGACCACGUCAAAUGCGGCGAGGCGUACGCUGAGAUCGAGGUCAUGAAGAUGUAUAUGCAGCUGACUACAAGCGAGGACGGUAUCGUGCAGUUUGUCAAGCAGACCGGCUCGGCACUGGCGGCUGGCGAGGUCAUCGGCGUGCUGACCCUGGACGACCCGUCCAAGGUGAAGCAUGCCAAGCCCUUCGAGGGCCAGCUGAGCGCCUACGGCCCACCGCACCUGUACGGAACCAAGACGCACCAGCUCCUGCGCUGCAACCUGGCCCUCCUGGGCAACGCCCUGGACGGAUACGACACGCCUGUGCCCGCAGCCCAGCUGCUACAGCAGGUCAAGGAGCUCCUGCAGAAGCCUGAGCUGCCAUUCCUCGAGAUCGGCGAGGUUCUGUCGGCGCUGAACAGCCGCCUGCCGCAGAGGCUGUCGGCCGCGCUGAACGCCGAGGUUGCGCGUGCGCAGCUGCAGCAGAGUCUCGGGUUCCCUGCGCGCGAGAUGCUGGCGAUCAUCGGCGGCAUGCUGAGCGAGGUGUCGCCUGGCGAGGCGCUGACUCUGGCCUCGACAGUUGAGCCCAUCACCAAGGUUCUCCAUAGCUACGAGGAGGGCUUGGCGGUGCACGAGCGCGACGUGUUCAUUGGUCUCCUGCAGCGGUACAUUGACAUUGAGUCAGUCUUCUCGAGCAGCGCCAACGAGGAGGAAGGCUUCUUUGUGCUGCGCGAUAAGUACCGCGAUGAGCCCGACGUCAUCGUCGACACGAUGGUUUCGCACGCUGGCGUAGCGUCGAAGAACAAGAUCGUCAUGGCCAUGCUCGACGUUGUCCACCCGGUGAACCCCGUGAGCGGCGCGCUGGAUGCACGGUACGAGGAGGUUCUGAAGCUGAUGACCGGCUUGUCAGGCCGGGCGACGUCCAAGGUGGCGCUCAAGGCACGCGAGGUGCUGCUGCAGUGCCAGGUGCCGUCGCUCGAGGAGCGCAAGCGCCAGAUGGAGCACAUUCUCAAGUCCUCUGUGACAGAGACCGUGUACGGCAGUGGCGAGGAGUACCGCACGCCGAGCUACGACGCGAUCCGCGACCUCGUUGUGACCAACUACUACGUGUUUGACGUGCUGCAGAGCUUCUUGUACCAUGAAAACCCAUACGUGCGCCUGGCUGCGCUCGAGGUGUACGUGCGUCGCGCCUACCAUAUGUACAACCUGGUGGACUUUGACUACGCGACCGAGGACGAGGCGCCCUUUAUGGUGCACUGGCGCUUCAUUCUGCAAGACGACUCCUCGGGCAUGUUCGCCGGCCGUAUUGGCAAGAACUCAAGCGUGUCUGAUCUCAAGCGCAUCAUGAGCGUGUCGGACUUGCACUUUGCCGUCGACGAGGACGCCGACCCCGAGCAGUACCUGCGCCAGGGCGCCAUGGCGUCCUACGAUACGUUUGCGCAGAUGGAGGCGAACUUUGGCCGCCUUCUGGGCCUGAUCCACGGCGCCUCGGACGCGGCAUCGCGGCCAGAGUCGCCCGGUCUGGCGCGCUUUGGCCAUGUCGUUAACGUGGCGCUGCAGGUGCCGCAGGACGACCCGUUCGAUGACGACACGUGGUCCGAGCGCCUGCGCCAGUUUACAGCGUCGCAAGCUGUGGCUUUGCGCGACAGCGGCAUCCGCCGCCUGACCUACGUUCUGCAGCGCGCAGGGCAGCACCCGGGCACGUUCACAUUCCGCGAGAACAUGGACUACGGUGAGGACAAGACUAUCCGGCACGUGGAGCCUGGGCUUGCGUACCAGCUGGAGCUGCCGCGCCUGUCCAACUUUGACAUCCGCCCGUGCUUUAACGACAACCGGCAGCUGCACAUUUACCAUGGCGUGAGCAAGGACAACUCGGCAGACAGCCGGUUCUUCGUGCGCGUGCUUGUGCGGCCCGGUCGUCUGAGCACGGCUGUAGCCACGGUGGACUACUUGGUAUCGGAGACUGACCGUCUUUUGAACGACAUUCUGGACGCGCUGGAGAUCCUGUCUGCCGAGUACCCGAACUGCGACUGCAACCAUCUGUUUAUCAGUUUCCUGCCGAUUUUCAACCUGGACGCGUCGCAGUUCGAGCCGGCUUACCGCGGGUUCCUGGAGCGCCACGGCAAGCGGCUGUUCCGCCUGCGCGUGACGGCGGCCGAGAUCCGCUUCCUCGUGCAGACGGGCAGCGAGGAGGAUAUGCCGACGCCGUUCCGGUUCUGCAUCUUCAACAAGUCUGGGUUCGUGCCCAAGCUGGAGAACUACAUCGAAGUGCGCGAUGCGCAGGGCGAGUGGGUGUUUGAGUCCUUGGACUCGCCGGCCGGCUCGUACAACGGUCUCUUGGUGGCCACGCCGCACCAGCCCAAGGAGUGGCUGCAGCCUCUGCGCCAGCAGGCCCACAUCAAGGGCACGACAUACGUGUAUGAUUUCCCCGAUCUGUUCCAGCACGCUGUCGCCGUGCAGUGGGCGCGGGUGGCUAAGCUGAACACCAGCGGGGCCAAGCCCGAGGUGCCCAAGCAGCUGAUGAUCUCACGCGAGUUGGUCUGGGACGAGGCCACGCAGCAGCUGCUCGAGUCUGAUCGCGAGGCCGGACGCAACUCCUGUGGUAUGGUCGGCUUCAUUCUGACCCUGUUCACUCCUGAGGCUCCCCAGGGCCGCCGGAUUGUAGUCGUCGCCAACGAUAUCACGAACAAUAUCGGCUCGUUCGGCGUUGAGGAGGAUGCCAUGUUUUUCCGCGUCACGCAGUACGCGCGCACACACGGUCUGCCGCGCAUCUACCUGUCGGCCAACUCUGGUGCACGUAUCGGGCUUGCCAACGAGGUUCGUGAGCUGUUCCGUACGAGCUGGUGCGAUCCCUCGGACCCGUCCCAGGGUUUCGAGUACCUGUACUUGACCCCUGAGGAUUAUGCCAAGCUGGAGACCAGGGAGGACGGCAAGGUGCGGUCGGUCAUCACGGAGCCCAUCACCAUGGAGGACGGCGAGGUGCGUCACCGCCUUCUGACUAUUGUCGGAGCCACUGACGGUCUGGGUGUCGAGAACCUGCGCGGCUCCGGCAUGAUUGCUGGCGAGACCGCGCGCGCAUACACGGAUAUCUUCACAGUGACGCUGGUGACGUGCCGCUCGGUUGGUAUUGGCGCAUACCUCGUGCGCCUGGGCCAGCGGUCGAUCCAGAACGAGGGCCACCCGAUCAUCCUGACGGGCGCCCAGCCGCUGAACAAGGUCCUGGGCCGCGAAGUGUAUACGAGCAAUUUGCAGCUGGGCGGCACUCAGAUCAUGUACAAGAACGGUGUGUCGCAUUUGACUGCCGACAAUGAUUUCAUGGGUAUCUGCAAGAUAAUCAGGUGGCUCGGGUACGUGCCCAAUGUGCGCGGCGGCUCGCUCCUGCUGACGGCGCCGGCCAUGCUGACCGACCCUGUUGACAGACUUAUCACGUAUGAGCCGCCGAUGGGUCCCUCUGACCCACGGUUGUUCCUUGCUGGUGCCGAGUCUGAGGACGGCUGGUUGAGCGGGUUCUUUGACCGCGGGUCCUUUGUCGAGACGCUCGGCGGGUGGGCUCGGACGGUGGUCACGGGUCGUGCGCGUCUCGGUGGUAUCCCUAUGGGUGUUAUUGCCGUGGAGGGUCGCACGGUAGAGAAUGUUAUCCCGGCGGAUCCGGCCAACCCCAACUCUGAGGAGCAGGUCCUGCAGGAGGCUGGUACCGUGUGGUACCCGAAUAGUGCGUACAAGACAGCGCAGGCCAUCCAGGAUUUCAACAACGGCGAGCAACUGCCGCUGAUGAUCUUUGCCAACUGGCGUGGGUUUUCGGGCGGCCAGCGCGACAUGUUCUUCGAGAUUCUCAAGUACGGUGCGUACAUUGUGGACGCGCUGACAAAGUACAAGCAGCCCGUGUUCGUGUACAUUGUGCCCAAUGGCGAGCUGCGCGGCGGCGCCUGGGUUGUCGUCGACCCGACUAUUAACCCUGAUAUGAUGGAGAUGUACGCCGAUAGCAAGUCGCGCGGUGGCGUUUUGGAGCCCGAGGGUAUUGUGGAGAUCAAGUUCCGCAAGCCCCAGCUGCUCGCCUGCAUGGAGCGCCUGGACCCGGAGGUGCGUGACCUGCGUCUGGCCCUGAGUGACCCGCAAUUGUCGCCCGAGGAGAAGGCCAAGGUUAAGCGUGCAUUGGAGGCCAGGGAGAAGGAGCUGCUGCCUGUCUAUAUGCAGAUUGCCGUGCAGUUCGCUGACCUGCACGAUCGCGCCGGACGCAUGGUCGCCAAGGGUGUGAUCCGUAAGGAGCUGCAGUGGCCCGAAGCUCGUUCAUUCUUCUACAACCGCGUGAAGCGUAGAUUGGCCGAGGAGGAGGUGCGCAAAGCGAUGGUUGAGGCCGAUGUGUCGGUCGGUCGGGAUGAGCAGACUGAACUUAUUGCCAAGUGGUUCGCCCAGACAUCGGCGCCUGACGCUGACUAUGAGGACGACAGUGUUGUGGCUGCGUGGUUCGAGGAGAAGAAGAGCGUGGAGGAGAAGCUUGCGCAGUGGAAGACUGAGAGACAUGCGGUUUUUGUUGCUGUCCAGGUCGCAGAGGCGUCGGAUGAUGCCCUGUUUGCUGCCAUCCAGAGCUUGUCGGCCAAGCGUCGUGAGCAGCUCCUUGCCAAGCUACAGCAGCAGUAA